ACGAUGAGAUUGUGCUUCCUUGUGCUGGGCUGCGUGAUAGCAGCCAGCGCCUGGCCUGUUGACCAACUUUCGGUCCGAGUUCAUGGCGUCAAUGGAUGGUUUGUCCCUCAAAAGGAAGGUGGCAUAAGAUGGAUUAACAAAUCACAGGCAGAGCGCCAGUUGGAAUACUUCGAAGCUCAGGAUGCUUUGGAUGGUCGUCUGUCCACCAACACGGUUAAGUUCUACUUGUACACACUGCAGAAUCCUAGCAACGGGGAGCAGAUCAAGGCCACAAAGGAUUCCAUCGAUGGCUCUAACUUUAAUCCCGCAAAUCCAACAAGAAUUACCAUUCACGGCUGGAACUCCAACUACAAGGAUGGUGUCAACACCAGGGUUGCUAGUGCCUGGUUCCAGUAUGGCGACUACAACAUGAUUGCAGUGGACUGGUCCCGUGGUCGUUCCUUGGAGUAUGCCUCCUCUGUGUCCGGUGCACCAGGAGCUGGCAAGAAAAUUGCCGCCCUUGUUGAUUUCCUGGUGGAGAAUUACGGCAUGCGUCUGGAUACAUUAGAAAUUGUUGGCUUCAGUUUGGGUGCCCAUGUUGCUGGACACACAGCCAAACAAGUAACCACCGGUCGGGUGGGCAAGGUCGUUGGUUUGGACCCGGCUUCUCCCCUUAUCAGUUAUUCCAAAACUGAAAAGCGUCUGUCCAGCGACGAUGCCACAUAUGUGGAGUCAGUCCAGACAAAUGGAGCUAUUUUGGGCUUUAAGGAACCUAUUGGAAAGGCUGCCUUCUACAUGAACGGAGGUAAGUCUCAGCCCGGUUGUGGAAUCGAUAUCACCGGCAGUUGCUCGCACACCCGAGCUGCCUCUUACUAUGUGGAGGCUCUUUUGUGGAACAACUUCCCCUCGAAGAAGUGUGAGUCCUACCAGGACGCCAACAAGAACGCCUGUGGCGAUACAUACAGUUCUAUCUGGAUGGGUGCAUCCAUAAACUUCUUUGUGGCUGAGGGUAUCUUCUAUGUUCCGGUCAACAAAGAUUCACCAUAUGGAUUCGGCGAAAUAAGCACCGGUGAAAGUUCGACUGCCGUUCCUGGGAUUACUACCACCGUUGGCGAUGGGGAAGAUGAUUCAACGACUGAAGAACCAGAAAUCCCUACAACAACCAAAAAACCCGAGGAGUCCUCUACGACUUCUGAAAUACCUGAAGAGUCGACCACCGAAGAAACGGAAGAGUCUACCACAGCUGCUCCAGAGGAUGGAGAUGGUGAAUCGACAACCGAGGAGCCCGAAGAAGUAACUACUACGACGAAAAAACCUGAAGAGCCCUCUACUACAACCGAAGAACCGGAGGAGUCUACUACUGCUGCACCAGAAGAUGGCGGAGAUGACGAUACUACCGCUGCUCCAGAGGAUGGAGGAGAUGAAGAUACCACCACCGCUGCCCCAGAAGAUGGAGGAGAUGACGAUACCACCACCGCUGCUCCAGAGGACGGAGGAGAAGAUGAUACCACCACCGCUGCUCCAGAGGAUGGAGGAGAUGACGAUACUACCGCUGCUCCUGAGGAUGGAGGAGAUGAUGAUACCACCACCGCUGCCCCAGAAGAUGGAGGAGAUGAUGAUACCACCACCGCUGCUCCAGAGGACGGAGGAGAAGAUGAUACCACCACCGCUGCUCCAGAGGAUGGAGAAGAUGACGAUACCACCACCGCUGCUCCAGAGGAUGGAGGAGAUGAAGAUCCCACCACCGCUGCCCCAGAAGAUGGAGGAGAUGACGAUACCACCACCGCUGCUCCAGAGGACGGAGGAGAAGAUGAUACCACCACCGCUGCUCCAGAGGAUGGAGAAGAUGACGAUACCACCACCGCUGCUCCAGAGGAUGGAGGAGAUGAAGAUCCCACCACCGCUGCCCCAGAAGAUGGAGGAGAUGACGAUACCACCACCGCUGCUCCAGAGGACGGAGGAGAAGAUGAUACCACCACCGCUGCUCCAGAGGAUGGAGAAGAUGACGAUACCACCACCGCUGCUCCAGAGGAUGGAGGAGAUGAAGAUCCCACCACCGCUGCCCCAGAAGAUGGAGGAGAUGACGAUACCACCACCGCUGCUCCAGAGGACGGAGGAGAAGAUGAUACCACCACCGCUGCUCCAGAGGAUGGAGGAGAUGACGAUACCACCACCGCUGCUCCAGAGGAUGGAGGAGAUGAUGAUACCACCACGGCUGCUCCAGAGGAUGGAGGAGAUGAUGAUACUACCGCUGCUCCAGAGGAUGGAGGAGAUGAUGAUACCACCACGGCUGCUCCAGAAGAUGGAGGAGAUGAUGAUACUACCGCUGCUCCAGAGGAUGGAGGAGAUGAUGAUACCACCACCGCUGCUCCAGAGGAUGGAGGAGAUGACGAUACCACCACCGCUGCUCCAGAGGAUGGAGGAGAUGAUGAUACCACCACGGCUGCUCCAGAAGAUGGAGGAGAUGAUGAUACUACCGCUGCUCCAGAGGAUGGAGGAGAUGAUGAUACCACCACCGCUGCUCCAGAGGAUGGAGGAGAUGAUGAUACCACCACCGCUGCACCAGAAGAUGGAGGAGAUGAUGACACUACCGCUGCUCCAGAGGAUGGAGGAGAUGAUGAUACCACCACCGCGGCACCAGAAGAUGGAGGAGAUGAUGACACCACCACGGCUGCUCCAGAAGAUGGAGGAGAUGAUGAUACCACCUCCGCUACUCCUGAAGAACCUGAAGAAUCCACAACCAAAAAACCGGAGGUACCCUCUCCAACUACGGUCGAACCAGAAGAGACGACUUCUUCAAAUCCUGACGAAGAUACCACCGUUGAUCCAGAAGACAAUGAAACCACAUCCGAAGAAACUGAGGAGGUAACCACAACUGCUGCUCCUUUGGUUCCUACAACAACUUCCAGACCAUCUGAGAUUCCGACAACCACUGGGGUUCCCCCUGAAGUCCCCACCACAACCCUGUCUCCCGAAAUUCCACCGACAAACCCACCGAAAGAUGACAAUGUGACUCCUGGAGGCACUAAGAACAUCUUCAUUUUCAACGUCUUUUUGGUGAAUGUCAAAAUCGAAAAGUAGUUUAGUAACCAAACUUUUUUACUCAAUUGCCCGCCCAUAAGCGGAUGAAAGAUAUAACAAUAAAAUCAAAGCUUUUAUGGCGUUUUCAUUAACAGCUCAUUAAAAAAUAUUUUUUUACUGCAUUCAAUUAAGAAGGGAAAUUUGCGUAGCUUCCGGGGUGAUUCACGUUUAAUAGAGACAACGAUCACAAAAUUCGUGUUAUUUUUUCUAGCUAAUCAGUUCUAAAAGUUGUUAACUGUUAAGAAAAGGAACGUGUUGGCUGGUACACAAGUUCUCUUAUCGCAUUAACGCUAGUCACUGCUGCUGUCGAAGUCGCCAAUAUAAAACUUUCCGAAAAGUCCCAGCUACCAAAUGGUCACUUCCCAAUUAGGUUGAUUUAUUAACUUGGCACUUAUCGUAUGAGCUUAUUUAUUAUUUAUGUGAUAUCAAUCGACUAUAAUAUAGGUUAUAAUCAAGGCGUUAAAGUGGCUGCCCCGUUGAGAGUUAUUUUUGUUUAUUGUAUUUCUAUUCU